AUGGAGGCUUUAUCUAGAUUUCUGCAAAAACAUGUUGAAUAUGGUCAUCUAAGAGGUAUUCAAAUUAACAAGCAUUAUCCUUCUAUUAACCAUCUGUUUUUUGCAGAUGACUGUUUGUUAUUUUUUCAAGCUUCUCCAACUCAUAUGCGGCAUCUUCAACAUCUUCUUACUUCUUUUGGCCAAGCAUCAGGUCAAAUCAUCAACAUGCAAAAAUCAACAAUAUUCUUUAGUAAUCAUUCUCCUCCUGCUCAUAAGAACAACAUCAUUAAUAUUUUGCAAAUGAAAUGUAUGGGCCUUGGUGAAAAGUAUUUGGGAAUACCUCUUCUUAUGCACAGAUCAAGUCAGAAAAAUUGUCAAGGUAUCUUAGAUAACAUGAAUUCAAGACUGCGGGGUUGGCAUAGCAAAUUGAUUCCUCAAGAAGGUAGAACAACUCAGCUUAAUUCUGUUCUUAGUAUUAUGGGUAUGUAUCAGAUGCAAGUUUUCAAAUUACCUAAUACAACUAUUGCUCACAUGAAUAGGAUUCAGAGGCAGUACUGGUGGCAUAAUUAUACCAAUCAUAAGUCUCCUCGUUUUAUUUCUUGGGACAAUGUCAGUUUGCCUAAAAAGCUUGGGGGCCUAGGUUUGAAGAAUCUUAAGAACUAUAACUCAGCUUUUUUGGCGAAGUUAGCUUGGAAUCUGUUGCAUAACCAGGAUGCUUUAUGUGCUAGGAUUUUAAAAGGAAAGUAUUUUUCUUUUCAUGAUUUACGUUAUCAUCCUCCUCCUCUUGCAAAUAAUGGUAAUUGGAUUUGGCAGAGUAUUGUUCAUGGUCUUCAGAUUGUUCUUAAACAGGGAAAAUGGAAAAUUGGUAAUGGUACAACAAUCAACAUCUGGACCCAUAACUGGAUUCCAGAUUUAAAUGCUCCUCUUCAAGACUGGUAUGAUCUUCAUCUCAGUAAUUAUCAGCGGGUUUCUCAGCUUAUUGAUACUUCUUCUUCACAGUGGAAUGUCCCUUUACUCAGACAAUUAUUUACUUCUUCUCAAGUUGAUUCGAUCCUUACAAUUCCAAUUCAGUUAGAUCAACAAGACUCUCUGGUAUGGACUCUCACUGCUGCUGGUAUUUUCACAACUAAAUCUACUUAUCAUCAUCUUUGUGAAAGUCAACACAGUGUUGCUGUCGCUACUACCUUGUCGACAAAAUUCUGGCUGAAGUUCUGGAAGUUGCAGAUUCCUUAUAAGUUUCAACUGUUUCUCUGGAAGAUUUUUCAGAAUUACCUACAUGUCAAGACUAAGUUGUUUCAUCAGAAUAUAGUUACAUCUUCAGAUUGUGUUCUCUGCAACAACAAUCAUCUUGAAAGUGUGGAUCAUCUAAUGUAUCAUUGCCCUUUCGCUGCUGCCAUUUGGAGACAUUUCAUUCUUCAGUUGUAUCAAUAUUUAAGUCAGCAUCAACAUUUUAUUGACUGGAUUCGAAAUUGGCAAUCUCCUGACUCUGAAAUCAGCAUUUACCACUUAUCUAAGAUCAUCCACAUCAUUGCUUGCAUGCUACACACUAUUUGGAAACAUAGAUGCCAAGUUAUUUUUAAUAAUGCUACUCCUAACAUUACUGUAGUCAUCCAUAGCAUUACAAAUUACUUGCAUUUCCAUCAUCUCACAUUAUUUGACAAUACUGUCAUUCCUGUUAGAAAUAACCUUAGACUUGAUCUUCCUUGGCAACCUCCUCCUCCUGGUUUUUUGAAGAUUAAUAUAGAUGCUUCAUUUCAUCCUAAUUUUAAUUUAGCUGGAAUUGGUAUCCUAAUUCGAGAUCAUGCAGGACGCUUUGUGGCAUCAAAAGGAGCCUUGAAGAGGACUCACAGUGCAUUUCAAGCAGAGGCAUGGGCUCUGGUUGAAGGUAUGAAUCCAGCUCUGUCCCAUGGAUGGCAUCAAGUUAUCUUAGAAUCAGAUAACUUAAAUAUGUGUAGGUUUGUUCAACAACAACAUCCUCCUCCUCCUUGGAGGAGUUUACCUCUUUUGAAGAGUUGUAUAAAUAUGUGUAAUAAUAGUUCUCUAGCUUGGUCUUGUAAUCAUGUUUAUAGGUGUUGUAAUAAAGCAGUUGAUGCUUUAGCAAAAGCUGUUAGAAGGUUGUAUCUGAAUGAGGAAUGGUGGUAUCACCCACCUGACAUGUUAAUUCCUCAUUUAAACUCUGAUGUAAAUUUUCCUCAUGUUUAA